GUGAGCGAGCGUUGUGUGUGUGUGUUGGUGUGUGCAGUGAAAGUGAACGGUCUGCUCCGCUCAUUCAGCGCGAGCUCAUCACAGUCAACGCACACAGCGACACACGGACACCCUCAAAGAGCCCGUCUGUCCUCCAGCAGCCCAGCCUCUCCUUCACCGGGAUAGGGGAAAACAGCCGCUUUUCCUCCCCACAACCUCCACCUUUCCGCGGGCAUGCAUCAUCAGCACCGGGAGCGCCGCUGGAGUCGCGCGUGGAUCAGCGUUUGCAGAUGCACUUUAUAUUUAUUUCUAGUUUUGAGCCUGGAGCGGAGCGCCGUGCACUCAGCACAUACAGAUGGAUCAGACACAUUUGCGUUUUUCCACGAGGGUGCACAGGGCUGUUUGGGGGUCCGAGACCACGUGCUUCACCUGUCGUCAUCCUGUAAGGGUGAAGCCCAGCUAUGGAAAUGGGUGACCAGGAGUCGGCUCUUCAACAUCGGCUCAUCCCUCUGCCUGGGCAUCACUGUGGGCAACGUCAGCACAUUUGGUGACAGGUCACCGCUCGGUGUGUUUCGCUGCGACUACGAGCCUCCACGGGUGCGCUGGACCUGGAGCUGCAGCAAGUUCUUGGAGACGCUUGAAACGCACUUGGCCUCUCCUAAAUUACUCCUCAACAGUGGUAAUGUGUCAACAACUGCAAGACCACCAUCCAAGAAGCUUCUCUGGAGAGUCUAUGACAAUCAAGACCUAUGUGCCAAGUCAUACCGAGAAAUCUACACCAUCCGAGGAAACUCUCACGCCAGCCCAUGUUAUUUCCCCUUCCUAUACAACGGUCAGUGGUUCCACAGCUGCACCAGUGUGGGCAGAGAAGAUGGUUUUCACUGGUGUGCCACGACCCACGAUUAUGGAAAGGACCAGCGCUGGGGCUUCUGCCCAAUAAAGAGUGCUGACUGUGAGACGUUUUGGGACAUAAACUCUUUGAUGGAUAACUGUUACCAGUUUAACUUUCAGGCUACACUGUCUUGGAGUGAAGCGCGGACCAGCUGCCAACAGCAGGGAGCAGAUCUGCUCAGCAUCACCAAAGUAGAGGAACAAAUCUAUGUCAAUGGUUUGCUCAUCGGAUACAGUGCCACCCUGUGGAUGGGUUUGAAUGAUCUGGAUCUGAAUGGUGGCUGGCAGUGGGCUGACUCCGCCCCUCUUAAAUACCUAAACUGGGAAGCAGAAAUGCCAAGUUAUGACGAGGAAGAAAACUGUGGUGUGAUCAGCACUGAUGCUCAGGGCCGCUGGCACAACAGAGACUGUUCAGUGGCUCUGCCUUACAUUUGCAAGAAACGACCUAACGCCACACUCGACCCCUUCACCACAGACUCGUGGGCAGAUGAUGGCCAUUACCAGUGUGACGUGGGCUGGCAGAACUUCCAGACGGGCUGCUAUUGGCUGAACUCAGACAAACUGGACUGGAGAUCAGCUGACAGAACAUGUCAGAAGAUGGAGGCUAAUCUUGUUAGCAUACACACCCUGCCAGAGCUCGAGUACAUCACGAAACAUAUGAAGAAAGAUAUAGAAGAGUUGUGGAUUGGUCUUCAUGAUACAGCAAUGCAGAUGAACUUUGAAUGGACGGAUCGCACUCCAGUCAUCUUCACUUACUGGCACCCGUUUGAACCCAACAAUUUUCGAGAGGUUAAUGAGGACUGUGUCACCAUCUGGGGCCCUGAGGGCCGCUGGAACGAUAGCCCAUGUAAUUACUCUCUGCCCUCCAUCUGUAAGAAACCGGCCCAGAAAGCUGACGACCGGAUACAAGACCACGGCUGCAAACGGGGAUGGAAAUGGCACAGUCCCUCCUGUUUCAAAGUUGGAGAGGAAUCCCUAACUUUUAAAGAUGCAAAAGAAAUGUGCAUUAGCAACAAUGCCACUCUCGCCAUAAUUAAUAACAGGUUUGAGCAGGCGUUUGUGAGCAGUCUGGUGUUUGGACGAACUGAUGAUCAGUUUUGGCUUGGCCUUAAUAACGAAAACAGCUCCGGCACAUUUGGCUGGAUAACCGGAGAUGAGCUCACAUACACCAACUGGAACAGAGACCAGCCAGCGCAGGUAAAGGGUGGCUGUGUGGUGAUGGUGGCGGGUCAGGCUAUGGGCCUGUGGGAGGUGAAGGACUGUGCCAGCAUUCGCUCCAAAUACAUCUGCAAACAGAAUCAGGGCUCAUCUUCCAUUCCCAGUCCUCCUGCGCCUGUGCCUACACCCUCCCUGACCGGAUCAUGUCCUUCAGGGUGGAAAAGCAGCAACUCGUUCAGGCACUGCUACAAGGUUUUUCAUGCAGGUGCACUGGAAAAGAGGCUGACGUGGAUUCAAGCACACAAGUUUUGCCAGAAACACGGAGCUCAGCUGGCCAGUUUCAGCACACCGGAGGAGGAGGCCUUCGUCUUCCAGAUCCUCCACGAGGCCUUUGGGGAGGCGGAGGAACAUGAGCAGCACUGGCUGUGGAUCGGAAUCUCUCGCCGCAAUAGUGACAGUUGGACAUGGAGUGACGGAUCAGCUGUGACCUAUCAGAACUUUGGACGGGGGAAUUAUGGGUCUGCUGAGUGCGGAGCUGCUAACAUGGCCGACACUAACUGGCUGGUGUCCCACUGUGAAUCUGAGCUAGACUGGAUCUGCAAAAUACCCAAAGGGAAAGUAGAAGAGGAACCUGAGAGCCACGAAGACACUGGUUUAGAGUGGGUUGACUUUGAAGAGGCUCAGUAUAAAAUGUUUGAGCAUCGCUCCACGUGGGACCAGGCUCAGAGGAUCUGCUCCUGGUUCGAGGCCUCUCUGGUCUCCAUGCACAGCCCAAAGGAGAAUCAAUUUUUGGUUAGCACUUUACGCAAGAUGUCCCGUCAAGAAAAUGACCUGUGGUGGGUCGGGUUACACACAUUUAAGAACGAUGGGAGAUUCCGGUGGUCUGAUCAUUCAGUGCUCAACUAUGUGUCUUGGGGGCCAGGACAGCCUCGACCAAUCAGCAAAGAGACAAAAUGUGUCCAAAUCUCUGCCUCAAAAGGUGACUGGUCAGACCAGAGGUGUCAUGUGGAUCUUCCGUAUGUGUGUAAGAGAGUAAAUGUGACCGGCACAAUCCCUCCCACACCCUCCCUGCCUCUCACACCCGCUGGCUGCCCUCAGGGCUGGACUCCUUUUUUACACAAGUGCUAUAAGGUGUUUGGAGAGGAGCUGUCGAGUCGCAGCACUUGGGACGCUGCUUCUAAGACGUGUCUGACACAAAGAGCCACACUGGUGACGGUGCCAAACCACAGAGUUCAGGCGUUCCUCGUGACUCUGCUUCCCAACAGCAGUUUUCAUUUGUGGGUCGGACUCACUUCAGAAUCACAGGCUCAGUUCAAGUGGUUUGAACCUGGUUUUCUCAGCUACACUAACUGGGCCCCUGGAGAACCAGUGGACAACAAACAAAUGAAAAGCCCGGGUAACUGUGUUUUGCUUCUGCAUGGUAGUCCUCAGCGGAUUACAGGCAUGUGGGCGUCUCGCAGGUGUGAUGCAGAGAAACAUGGCUUCAUCUGCAUGAAGGAUAAAGACCCUGCCCUGUCACCUGGCGUGGAUCGUCUUCCCCCAUCAUUAGAUGGUCCUUUAGAGUUUGAUGGUGUUCAGUACCGGAUCCUGCAGAAGCGUCUGGAUUGGCAUUCAGCUCUGCAAGUGUGUGAAUCAGUCAACGGGACACUGGCUGCUGUACGGGAACCUCGGCAGAAUGCUUACCUCACCCUUCUCCUCAGCACUCUCCGGAAACCUGCCUGGAUUGCUCUACACAAUGAAGGGGGGCGGAGCUACUCGUGGUUGGGUGAAGAGGAGAUCACAUUCAGUGACUGGCGGGACGGAGAGCCCAAUCAGAUGUACGGUUGUGGUCACAUGAUCACUGAGGGCCAGUGGACUGUGGCUGCUUGCAAUUCAAAAUUAAAUGCAGCCAUUUGUGAAAUGAACACUGAGACGACAAAAGAGCAUCGAUGGAUGUAUCCUGGUGUUUGCCCACAGCCUGUUGGUAACUGGUCCUGGAUUCCUUUCAGAAAUCACUGCUACUCCUUCAUCCUACACGAACUACAGUUCAAGCAGGAGGCCAUUCGCAUGUGUAGCAAAGUUGGUGCUAAACUGUUGUCAAUAUUGGAUGAAAACGAGAAUGGGUUUGUAUGGGAGCACAUGCAGAGUUUUCAACAUCAGGCUCACGGCGCUUGGCUAGGAAUGAUCUUUAACUCUAAAGAAGGCAGUCUGGAGUGGUCCAGCGGUGAAAUUGUGGAUUAUAGUAACUGGGAGCAGCAGGAUGCUAAUCUGAGCAUGCUAUCUGCUAACAGCUGCUUCUGGGUGAAGAGCAACACGGGCCUCUGGAGGCCUGAAUCCUGCAAAAACCGCACUCAUGGAGUCAUCUGCAAACGGCCACGAGGACCCACAGCAGAGCCUGUGAAUAGCUCUGAAGUAGACCAUCUGCACGUGUUGAUUCAGGUCCUGGUGGCGGUGCUUGUUCUGAUGGCUCUGGUAGUGGGCGGGGUGUACCUGUAUCGUAGGCGGAGCUUCGGCUCCACAGGUGCCUUUGAGAGUGCUCGGUACAGCCGCACUAACUCCACCCCCUCUGAAGAAGCCGAAAAAAACAUUCUCGUUUCAGACAUGGAGUUAAACGAACAGGGUGAAUAAUGAUGGAUGUGCUUGAAACACCUAGGAAAACAAAUCUGCUGCGGCAGCAAACAACUUGAGGAAAUUUACGUUUAAGAGGGAAAAAAGGGAUUUCGUUUUUGUGAGAGACAUCGAGAGCUGUGUAGAACGCAGCAGUUUAUCAACCAAAAUCAACAGAGGCUUUUUUUUUAUCAAAGUGCAUCAAUCUAGACCUGUCAACCAAUCAAAUCUCAGAGGAGCUGCUUGGAUUGGCUGGUGUGGAUUUCCUUUUCUUUUUUUUUUUUUGCUUGUCAUUAUCUGGCUAUGAGAAUACUGUUCCUAUGUGUAUAUUUUCAUGUCGUAAUAAUCCUAUUUAGUGCCAAAGGGAACAAAAUUUACAACAAAAAACCCUGCAUUCUUCCCUGUUAUAUAGUAUGCUAAAAAACUGUAUGUGAGCCGAGUACUGCAUCCCAAUUCAUGUUAUUUAAAAAACAGAAGACCCAAAUGAUGACCCAUAUAUACAUUCCUUAAAGGUGCAGUAGGUGAUCGGUCAAAAUGCUUACCGGUUAGCAUAAUAUCUUUGAAACACAGUCCCAUGCUUGCUGUCCAAACCACACCUCCUGAAACCACGAAUACGUGCACCUUAAAUAUGACAGCAGACAACACACUAGAUCAUGUCAUUCGCCAGUUAAGAAACUUUAAAGUUCUUUAUUAUUUACUAUUCCGAACAAUAAACUAUUAUAACUA